AUGGCACUGCAGCCUGUCCCGGCCCCCGAGGUGCUGGGCGAGGUGCUGAGCACCCGUUUCGGUCCCCUGCCCUGCGCUGCUGCCAUUGCCCGCCUCAAAAAGCAGCCGUCGGGCGGCUACGAGGCAACCGGCGACCCGGCCGAGGUGCUAGAGCGCCGGCGAGCUGCCAACGCCAAGGAGCGCCAGCGGAUCAAGAACCUCAACAGCGGCUUCUCCAGGCUCAAGGCGCUGGUGCCGCUCAUCCCUCGGGAUCGCAAGCCUAGCAAGGUGGACACCCUCAAAGCUGCUGCCGAGUACAUCCGCCUGCUCCGGCUGCUCCUGCAGGAAACGGGCGGCUUGGAGUGCCCAGGAGAUACUCUCCAGCAGGAGUCUGGGGCAGGAGAGCUGCUGGAUCCUGGGUGUCCGUGUGGAGCCUCUGCACUGGGGUGACCGCUGGAGAGUGGGAUCCCGGUGAGCCUCGAAGCAGAGGGGACAGUGCGGGAAGGUGGAACCUUCAGGCACUCUACAAAUGUGGGUGUUUCAAGCCAAUUCCUAAUUCAUUGGUGUCCCAUGUGACCCGGUGUGAUCCCACAUUGAGUGAAGAGCACUGCUUUUUGUCCUGUGUCCCAGAGCUCCACACUGGAUUCCAGUUAAGCCGAGUGGAUGAAUCCCAUGUGCCAAGGUGUCCCGGAGGGGCUGUGCAGCUUCAUCCCACCUGAAGUCUGCUCUGUAAUUGCUCUAUACAUGUAAUUAGCACUGCCGGGAUUGAGCCUGUCCUGUGCCAGGCAGCGGGGCUUAUUUAAUGCUGCUCCUGGUUAAUGAUGCCUUAAUGAGCUGCUGGCACCUAAGCAGCUUCCCUGCACCUCUGUGGUGGGGCUUUGCUGGCCCCAAAUGGGGAGAACUUGGGUGAAAAAUAAAUUACGCCCAGGUUUGGGGCACCAUUGAGUGGUGGUUUUGGAGGGAUGCUUGAUGGGGAGAGGUUAUUUCUUGAAGGAUGGGAGGCAUUAUGGUGUGCCGGGCUGUGUUCCCGUGGGGUGAUCC